UAUACAUAAUAAUAAUACUAAUAACAUGCUCAGAAUUCAUAUAAACAGAAUUUUGAAUAAACACGUGCAAUUGACAAAUUGUAAAAUAAAAAAUAGUAUAGAACUAAAAAAAUAUACGUUUAUAUUGACAUAAAAAAUCAAUAUGGAUCUAAUCCUAAAUAAAGUUCAAACCGUGGACCCAAAUAACAGUGAAGCUGUGAAAGAAGCACUUUCGGUUUUUUUCCAAAAUCUAAUAAAACAAAAAGACUUUAAUUGCAACAAAUGGUUACGCGAGCUGAAAAAUGUUAUAAACCGAUUCCCAAAAUAUUGUAUGCAGCAUCGUAGCAAUACGGAAAAUUAUUUAGCUAGUUUUAUAAGCUCUAAUAAUUAUUAUAAUGUGAUUGAAGCAGCAAAAUGUGCUCACGCCUUGCAACAGGUUCGCCCAACAAAAGAAAAAACUGCAACCCCUAAAUCAAGUUGGAGGGAUCAGAUUGUUUUACUUUGUAACACGGCUCACACUCUCAUUAGUGCGGUGUUCCCUAAUGCUGUUGACAUGUAUAAGGAUGCAGAAAUGCCACAGACACAGAGUGCUAAAUCAGCAUUGUCAAUAGCACUCACAGAUGUAACAAAGAAUCUUAAAAAUGUGAAAGACAAACAAUCAUUGUUACAAUUAAGGUUAAAAAAUGUAUUAGUCUUCAUUCAAGCUAUGUUGGUUGAAAUAUAUCCUGUUGCGAAACCUAUACGGCCACAGAUUAUCUUAGACGUUAUAGUUAGAGCUUUAAGUGUUACCAGUGGAACAAAUUCCAAUGUGAAUAUAUCAUCUGUGAAAACACAAGCGCUUAGAACUUUAGAUGCCUUAAUUGUAUGCUUAGGUUCAAACUUGAUACCUUUCUCCCCUCUAGUGAUAAGAUGUGUGAUGCAAACAUUAAGGUGGAGUUCGGAUAAUUCUAGAGAAGAUAACAGAAUAGUUAGAUCCACCGCAUACAACACACUGAGCAAAUGGUUGAACACCUUACACGUUCAUAGAACAUCCGACAGCAGAAACUUAUGGGAGGAUGAACUCACUGGACACAUUGUUGAUGACAUCACACCGCUAAAGAAAAUUGUUCAACUAACUAUGGGCCCUCAACCGACUAAACACCUCAGCAAGAAAGCCAAGAGGAAACUAGCCGCGAGUCAGUUGCAGGAGAGCACAAUAUCUGCUCAUAUGCCCGGAGAAAAGAACAAGAUUGUUGUUUCAGAUGAAGUCAACAAUGAAGUGGUGAUAGCAGCUCUAGAUUGCGCCGAAAUGUUCUUAACAGUUUGCGGAAGAUUCCUAAAGCCAGCUACUCAUAAGCUGAUUCAAGAAAGUCUCGUGCGUGAAUGCUACAACAAUACAUCCUACACUGACAAUCACUUGUUAUAUUUGCUGAGAGCGCUGGAGGCUACUCGUAAGACAACACCCGUAACUGUACCGCCUCCUACACAGUACUGCCUACAUUUGUAUAGCGUACUUGUUAACGUGCAAAAUUCUGAGAUAGCAAAAUUCUGUACUCAAGCCCUACUGGACAUACGACUGCAUUUACAUUGUUCACCGCCAUCACUGAACUUUGCUUUAGAACAACCAAAGGAGACGGAAAAUGAAAAACAAAUCAAGAAAAAGAUUUCAGAAAAAAAUAUAGCAGUGUUGCAAUCAUUAUUAGGACCUGAAAGGGUUCCCACAACUGCCAUUGAAGAUGAAAUAAUUACAAUAGCUGAUGAGCCCUCAAACAAAAGGCCUCGGUUAGACAUUGAUGAAGCUGAUCAGAUAAGUUUAAGCAGUGACUCGGUAAGAUCGGUUGAAAUGUGUGAAGAUUCUGAAAACAAUGAAGUAGAAGUUAUUGAAUUAAAUAAAACCACUAAUAUAAGCAAAGACGUCAAACAAGCAACGGACGACAAGCAAAUUGAACAAAAUAAUGCAUGUACUAUACAGGAAAACACCCCUAAUACUCCUGAAGAUCAUAUCACUCAAGAAAAUAUUAAAGAUUUGAUUGGCAAUGAACAAGAUAAAAUGCUUAUUUAUGAAGCGGCUACACAAAUGCCAUUAAACACAUCUACUGAUACAAUUGAAGAAGAAAAGUCUCUUUCACAAGAAGUCAGUUACGAUUAUCCUAACGAAGGUAUAGAGAAGGUCACUGUCUUGGAGAAAAUGGACGAUGAUAAUUUACCCAGUACAAACGAUACAGAUGAUAUACAAAUUACUUGCGGGCAAGUAGUUAGAGAUACAGAAGAAGUAGAAGCUGAAAAGAAAAUUGUUGAUCUUGAAAUAGUUGCUAAAGUUAAUGGUAUAGAAAAAGAUGUUAUAGUAAAUGGUGACAUUGCUGAAAAUGCUGUAGCCGAUACAGACGCAACACAUGGUGCAACCUUAAAGUCGGGUCCCAAAACUGAUAGUAUUUCUGUUGAAGAUAUGCUAGCUGAUUUCGUCGAUGAAGUUAUCCAAGAGGCAGCUGAAGCUUAAUUUUUAUUUAGAAUAUAUAUCAUUGUUUUUGAUAGUGCCAAGAAUAAACGCAUUUAAU